CAGUUGAUGACGUUCCAUGCCGAGGAGUUAGCGUUAUCCGUGGCAGAGUUAAGAGGAACAUGAGUAUCUAAAAACCAGUGGAAUGAAUGGAAUGUUUGUCAGGAAUGCAGGCAGCGGUAGAUGUAAACUGCGGCUGGUUUUACUUGAGCUAAAGAUAUGAAAGUAAACGAUAUGAUGUUCUCAGAGGUUUACAGAAAAUACACUAACAAACCUUGCUAGUAGCUGAGUAGCUAACGGACAGCUAACGCAAACUAUAUGGGACAUGUUGUUGAUAGAAUACCUUCUUUUUUAUUUCCACAAGACGGUUUACGUUAAUUUAGAGUGGAUAUUGGUUGUAGCGUUAUUUGCCAAGGUAUUCCUUUAAAAACGGACCAUAGGUUAAUAAAAAUAUCCCUAUCAGGGAACAUAACGAGUGGAGUUGCCAGUGGUAGAAAGUAGUUGGUUAACAGCUAGCAAGUAGUUUCAGGAAAGCUAAGCUUUAAGCCUAGCUAGGUGUAAAUUUAUGCAAGACUGUUACAUAUAUGUUGGUAGUUAACAUUAUAGUGCAUCGAUAACCUUUGAAUAGAAUAUAUAGAACACUGUGAAAGAAGCCUUUUUUACUUUUUGUACUUCAAGUACAUUGGGCUGAUAAUAGUUUUGAUUGCUGGACUCCCAUCUUGCAUCUCCUCUACAACUGCUGUUUCCAUACAAUGAUGACUACCUGGAAGUCAUAGUUUACCCUUGUAUUAUUUAUAGCUACAUUAUUGUUAGCAGUGCAGGCUCAUUUAAGGGCACCUGCUCUGUUUGUGUAAAUGUCCAGUAUCUACACAGUGUUAGUCUUUGCCCUGGUAGCAGCAGCCAGCACACCUGUGUAUGCACUGGAGUUCUGCCAAAGUACUGACCAUGAGUGCCAGAACCACGACAAAAUGGCUGCAGGCGCUGUCAAAUCCAGGUGGAACGUGAGUGUUUCAAACCUCAUACAGAGCCUGGACAAAUUCAGUGUGUCCUGCAAGAAGCUCAUAGAAGCAUUGCCAGUAGAUGAAGUUGAUGGCAACUUUGUCCGCACAGUGAAGAACUGCAUAUUCUCCAAAUCCAUUCCAACUCCACUGAAAAUCCCGCUAAGACUGGCAGCAGUUUCUAAGGAUGUCAUCGAAGAAAUCUUAAAUGUAGACAUGGCUGUAACGCAGUCUGAUGAGUUCCUGCAUUAUGCCAGUGGUGGCAGGCUCCUACCAGGAUCUGUACCUCUUGCCCACAGAUAUGGAGGUCAUCAGUUUGGCUACUGGGCGGGGCAGCUAGGUGAUGGCCGAGCACAUUCCCUUGGUCAGUAUACCAACAGGAACGGAGAAGUAUGGGAAUUACAGCUGAAAGGUUCAGGGAAAACACCUUAUUCAAGGUCAGGAGAUGGUCGAGCUGUGAUCCGUUCUUCUGUAAGGGAGUUCCUGUGUAGUGAAGCUAUGUAUUUCCUGGGCGUUCCAACCAGCAGGGCUGCCAGUCUUAUUGUAAGUGACGAGCCGGUGUUGAGAGAUCAGUACUACAAUGGCAAUGUGAGGACAGAAAGAGGAGCUGUUGUUCUCCGGUUAGCCAAGUCAUGGUUUCGAAUUGGAUCUUUGGAAAUUUUGGCUCAAAGUGGAGAGAUAGAUCUUCUGAGAAAGUUGUUGAACUUUGUGAUUGAUGAACAUUUUUCUUCAAUCAGUUCAGACGACCCAGACAAAUAUUUGCUCUUUUAUUCCACAGUAGUAAAUGAAACAGCACAUCUGAUUGCCAAGUGGAUGUCGGUUGGGUUUGCACAUGGCGUGUGCAACACGGACAACUUCAGUCUCCUGUCUAUCACCAUCGACUACGGACCGUUUGGCUUCAUGGAGUCAUAUAACCCCAAUUUUGUUCCCAACACAUCUGAUGAUGAGGGCAGAUACAGCAUAGGAGCUCAGGCCAGCGUUGGACUGUUCAACCUGGAAAAGCUCUUGACGGCUCUCAGUCCUGUGUUUUCUGAAAAACAACAGAAAGAGGCUAAAAUUAUUUUGAAAGGAUAUGUUGAUACUUACCAGAUGAGGAUUCAUCAGCUGUUCAAAGCUAAACUGGGGCUUCUAGUUGAAGAGGAGGAUGAUGGUUACCUCAUUGCCUUCCUACUUAAGAUGAUGGAGGACACACAGUCAGACUUCACUAUGACCUUCAGGCAGCUCAGUGAAGUUUCAGCUCAGCAGCUUCACAACAAAAACUUCACACAGAUGUGGGCCCUUGAAGACUUAUCGUCUCACAAGCUCUUCUCUGAUUGGCUCAACACGUACCUGCUCCGGCUUAGCAAGCAACAAAAUGACAGUGAUUUGGAUCGUCAACAGAGGAUGAAAAAAGUGAACCCUAGAUAUGUGCUGAGGAACUGGAUGGCAGAGUCUGCAAUAAGGAAAGCAGAGAUGAAUGAUUUUUUUGAGGUGGAGCUGCUGCUUCACAUCCUGUCCUUUCCCUUCGUUACACAAGAGACUGCAGAGGAGGCGGGCUAUGCAGCAAGACCGCCGCUGUGGGCUGAGAGGCUAAAGGUCAGCUGUUCCUCUUGAGUGACUUGUGGAUAUAGAAAAAUACUAAAACGAAGAAGAAUUACAACCUAACUGAGCUUUUACAACAAUUAAGUUCUGGUGGAACACAGUUCACAAUGUCAAGGGCAUAGCAUUUUAAUGCUCUUGUCUACUAUAAUUACCCACUAUGUGUACGUACAGUGAAAAACAAAAAACUAGAUACAGUUCUCGAUGCCACAGAAGAAUUAAACAAUAUUUGUAUUUUGCACAUAAAUUGUACGUUGGCUGUUAGACAGUUAAAUACAAGCAAGCAUCAUGUGAUCCUAUAUACUGACACUAAAAUAAAUGCAAAGAUGCUGCAGA